AUGGGCAGACAGAGGCGAAAGAGGCAGCACAAGGACAAGACAACGUCCAAGGUCAAAUCCACGAAGCGUCGAACGAAGGAUUUGGACCAGAUUUACAGCGAGAUUCAGGCGGGCAAGGUGACGACACCGCUUGACCUCGACCUUCCCGGCAGCGGCCAGUUCAUCUGCGUCCACUGCGCGCGGUAUUUCAUUGACGAGAACUCCAUGAAGGACCACUUCAAGACCAAGCUCCACAAGAAGAGGUACAUUGACUUCCUCUCCCACAACAACCAUCAUCAGCUAGCGGACAAGGUCACAAGCGAGUUGGUGAUGAAGAACCUGUCUGUCGAGCCCUACGGCGGGCCUGAGCAGGAUGGCCAGAUCAAGGUGGACAACGGACCCAAGCUCAACCGAAACCUCGAGGUCAAGGAGGAAGACAACGAUCAGGUGUAA